CCUCUCACCCUUCCUCAGCCAUUGAUCUUCCCCAUAUCUACCUAGUUAUACUUUGUAAAUAAAGGCAAUCACAAUGUCACAGCGCUCAAACGGUCCGUAUCAACUCAUCUACUGGCCCAAGAUACCCGGUCGGGGAGAAUUCAUACGGCUGGCCUUGGAAGAAGCCGGAGCCGACUAUACCGACACAGCACAUAAAGAGGAUGGAAUUAAUACCGUACUAUCACUCAUUGAUAAGAACUACGAGGGCGAUCAGUCUGGCCCUCCACCGUUCGCACCGCCCAUCCUCAAGCAUGGUGAUCUGCGCAUCAGUCAGACACCCAAUAUUCUGCUUUACCUGGCUCCGCGGCUCGGUCUGGCGCCAGAUGGGGACGCCAUCUAUCACGUCAACUCGCUCGCUCUCACAGCUUUAGAUGGAUUGAGUAAUGAGCCUCACGAUACUCACCACCCCAUUGCCGUGGAACUCUACUACGAGGAUCAGUUGGAGGAGAGCAAGCGGAGGUCGGAAUCGUACCGGAAGAAUCGGCUGCCAAAGUUCCUCUCUUACUUCGAGCGAGUGCUGAAGCCCCAGGCGGCGCAAGGCCGUCCGUGGUUGUAUGGCGAGACGUUGACCUAUGCAGACCUUGUUCUUUUCCAGGGCAUCGAUGGCCUUAAGUUUGCAUUCCCUCGAGCACUGAGCAAACUGGAGAAAUCGGGUGAAUAUUCGAAUGUAUUCAAGCUCUACGAAACUGUAAAGAACCGGCCUCGCAUCAAGGAGUAUCUCGCAAGUGACAGGAGACAGAAAUACUCAAUGGGUAUCUACCGACAGUAUCCGGAGCUGGAUGAUGCGGAGUAGCUUCUUGGUCUAUAUCCAAUGUAUAUGGGGCACAAAGGGACUUUAAUGGCGAGUCAUAAAUGAAAGCUUUAUCAGGAAUAACGAACGUUAUUACAGAACUCUACAACAAGCCACAUGCGUGUAUAUACAGACAUCUUUACUUAAGGCGAUCCUGAGACCAUAGAUACGGGUUUGUAAGAUAACAAACAAGUUACUGGUUUCUCAGAGAGACCCAUAUAGAAAUUCCGCCAAAGUA